AUGGCUACUACCUCCCUCAAGCGUGAUCUCACGCAAGUAUUUAAACAGAUGUCACUUUUGGAUAAACUACUUCCUAUCCUAAUCGUACUAGCAAUUGUUAUUGGUAUAAUCAUAUCAGUGUAUGCACCCCACGCACAGUCAAUAUUCAACAACACUGAUAAUAACAAGCUAACCUCGGUUUCAGUACCACUAACUAUUGGUCUUGUUGUAAUGAUGAUUCCACCAUUGUGCAAGAUUGAAUACGAACAAGUUUACACAUUUGCAACCGGAAUCAACAACAACAGCAACAACAAAAGGGCACUGCACUUUGUGUCCAAACAUUGGCGUGAGAUUGUUGUGUCAUUGAUUUUGAAUUGGAUUGUGGGACCUUUUCUUAUGUUUGGAUUAGCGUGGGCUACAUUAUUUAAUGAAAAGGAGUAUCGUACUGGGAUUAUUAUGAUUGGUAUGGCCAGAUGUAUUGCCAUGGUACUUAUUUGGAAUCAGUUGGCAAUGGGGUCAAACGAUCUUUGUGCAAUAUUGGUCAUAAUCAAUAGUGUAUUGCAAAUUGUAUUAUAUGCCCCAUAUCAAGUUUUGUUUUGUUACGUGAUGACUAAUGAAUCAAUUGAAUUUGCUACGGAUUUGGAUAUGGGUGACUUGUUCGUGUUGGUGUUGAAGAAUAUUGGGGUAUUUUUGGGGAUUCCAUUGGCAUCAGGGAUUUUAAUUCGCAUUCUUGCAUUAUUGACAGUUGGUAAGGAGAGAUUUAAUACAAAGGUGUUGCCUUGGAUCAGUCCAUGGGCAUUGAUUGGGCUACUUUAUACAAUAAUGGUCAUAUUCAUAUCCAAAGGUGAUUCAUUUUUACAUGAAAUUGGUGAAAGUCUCAAAUGUUUCAUACCACUUUGUCUUUAUUUUGUGAUUAUGUGGUUUGCAACAUUCUUUGGGGUCAGAUGGUAUUCAAACUACAUCAAUUAUAACAAAAUUGUUCUGGAUUAUGAAAAGUCGACCACGGAAAUUGUUAACACAACAAUGGUUGUAGAGGAACCCGAAUUUGAUGAAUCAACUAAACUUCUUGUCAAAUGCGGUUGCGAAGAAAAAUUGACCCCUCAUCAGCUAGAACAACACUCGAAAGGGAGAUUACAAUGUAAUGCCAGUUACUCAUCAACGGUAACUCAAGCUUUCACAUCAGCGUCCAAUAAUUUUGAAUUGAGUUUAGCAAUUGCCAUAGCAUUGUAUGGCGAAGGAAGUAAACAAGCUAUUGCUGCUGUUUAUGGACCAUUAUUGGAAGUACCAAUCCUAUUAUUGUUGACAUUUGUGGCUAGAUAUUUCAGAGUCAAACUUGUCUGGGGUGAUACUUAA